AUGGCUGCCAUUAAUCUUGGUGGGAUAUCACUCCGAAUGCCAGAGUUAUCACAUGGUAAUGGAAAAAGAUGUGGGAAUUGUGUUAGUGUUAAGGUUGUGCCAAGAAAGAGACUUGUUUCUGUCGCUGCUUCUGCUGCUAAUUCAAUGCAGUCUUCAGCGAGUGUUACUGAUCAAAAGCCUGAAAUUGAGCUCGAAUUUAUUGGGCCGAAGCCAGAAGCCGAUGGGAAGUACCCGGUAGAGAGAGCCAAAGCAAUUAGUGGAGAGAAGUUGUUGAGGAACAUCAUGUUGGAUAACAAGAUUGAGCUUUACGCCACGUUCCACCAGGGGAAAGUAAUGAACUGUGGAGGUGGUGGAAGCUGUGGAACUUGCAUUGUGGAGAUUCUUGAUGGAAAGGAUCUUUUGAAUGAAAGAACAAAUACUGAACUUCGGUAUCUGAAGAAGACUCCUUCUAGUGUUCAUCUUUACACUCUGAAAUUGUGCAGAAACCUGAAUCUUGGAGGCUUGCAUGUCAAACAAUUGUUGGAAAUAAAGAAAACUCUGGCAAGUGCGAUCCCUGUGGUUGUAUCAGGUUGUGGUUCAGAGGAUACCGCAGUGGAAAAAAUGAUUAGAAGCAAUGCAUGGUCAAUGACUGAAGCCAACAGAACAUUAUGA